UGGUGAAAACCAACAUGGAGAAGCUGACCUUCUAUGCCCUCUCGGCUCCAGAAAAGCUGGAUCGCAUUGGUGCCUACCUCUCAGAGAGGCUCAUCCGAGACGUGGGGCGCCAUCGCUAUGGGUACGUGUGUAUCGCCAUGGAGGCGCUGGACCAGCUGCUCAUGGCCUGCCACUGCCAGAGCAUCAACCUCUUCGUGGAAAGCUUCCUUAAGAUGGUGGCCAAGCUGCUGGAGUCGGAGAAACCCAACCUGCAAAUCCUGGGCACCAACUCGUUUGUGAAGUUCGCCAACAUUGAAGAGGACACCCCGUCGUAUCACCGGAGCUAUGACUUCUUUGUGUCCCGAUUCAGUGAAAUGUGCCACUCAAGCCAUGAUGACUUGGAAAUCAAGACUAAAAUCCGAAUGUCGGGCAUCAAAGGCCUGCAAGGGGUCGUGAGGAAGACGGUGAAUGAUGAGCUGCAGGCCAACAUCUGGGACCCACAGCACAUGGACAAGAUCGUCCCGUCGCUGCUCUUCAAUCUGCAGCACGUGGAAGAGGCAGAGAGCCGGUCUCCCUCGCCCCUCCAAGCACCAGAGAAGGAAAAGGAGAACCCAGCCGAGCUGGCUGAGAGGUGCCUGCGGGAGCUACUGGGCCGGGCAGCCUUCGGCAAUAUCAAAAACGCCAUCAAGCCUGUUCUCAUCCACCUGGACAACCAUUCUCUUUGGGAACCCAAGGUGUUCGCCACCCGUUGCUUCAAAAUCGUCAUGUACUCAAUUCAGCCGCAGCACUCCCACCUGGUUAUCCAGCAGCUCCUGAGCCACCUGGACGCCAACAGCCGCAGCGCGGCGACCGUGCGCGCCGGCAUCGUGGAGGUCCUAUCGGAAGCUGCGGUUAUCGCCGCCACCGGCUCCGUCGGGCCCACGGUGCUGGAGAUGUUCAACACGUUGCUGCGGCAGCUGCGGCUCAGCAUCGACUACGCGCUAACCGGGAGCUACGACGGCGCUGUGAGCCUGGGCACCAAGAUCAUCAAGGAGCAUGAGGAGCGUAUGUUCCAGGAGGCGGUCAUCAAGACCAUCGGCUCUUUUGCCAGCACGCUGCCCACCUAUCAGCGCUCGGAGGUGAUCCUCUUUAUCAUGAGCAAAGUCCCGAUACCGUCCCUGCACCACCCAGUGGAGACUGGAAGGACAGGGGAGAAUAGGAACCGGCUGACCCAGAUCAUGCUGCUGAAAUCUCUCCUUCAGGUAUCCACAGGAUUCCAGUGCAACAACAUGAUGUCAGCCCUGCCCAGCAACUUCCUUGACCGUCUUCUCUCCACCGCCCUCAUGGAAGAUGCAGAAAUCCGCCUCUUCGUCCUAGAGAUUCUCAUCAGCUUCAUUGAUCGCCAUGGCAACCGCCACAAAUUCUCUACCAUCAGCACCCUCGGUGACAUCUCAGUCCUGAAGUUGAAAGUGGACAAAUGCUCCCGGCAGGACACUGUCUUCAUGAAGAAGCACUCCCAGCAGCUGUACAGGCACAUCUACCUGAGCUGUAAGGAGGAGACGAACAUCCAGAAGCACUACGAGGCGCUCUACGGCCUGCUGGCACUCAUCAGCAUUGAGCUGGCCAAUGAGGAGGUGAUGGUGGACCUCAUCCGACUCGUGCUGGCCGUUCAGGACGUGGCCCAAGUCAAUGAAGAGAAUCUGCCUACCUAUAACCGCUGUGCGCUCUACGCUCUGGGUGCAGCCUACCUGAACCUCAUCAGCCAGCUCACAACGGUGCCUGCCUUCUGCCAGCACAUCCACGAGGUCAUAGAGACCAGGAAGAAAGAAGCGCCAUACAUGCUGCCCGAAGACGUGUUUGUGGAAAGGCCCAGGCUGUCUCAAAAUUUAGACGGCGUGGUGAUAGAGUUUCUCUUCCGUCAGAGUAAAAUCAGUGAAGUCCUGGGAGGAAGCGGUUACAAUUCAGACAGGCUCUGCCUGCCCUACAUCCCUCAGCUGACAGAUGAAGAUCGCUUGUCCAAGAGGAAGAGCAUUGGAGAAACCAUUUCCCUUCAGGUGGAGGUGGAAUCGAGGAACAGCCCAGAGAAAGAGGAACGAGUGCCUGCCGAAGAGAUCACCUAUGAGACACUGAAGAAGGCCAUCGUGGACAGUGUGGCAGUUGAGGAACAGGAGCGUGAGCGGCGGCGACAGGUGGUAGAGAAAUUCCAGAAGGCGCCCUUCGAGGAGAUUGCAGCCCACUGUGGGGCCCGGGCCUCGCUGCUGCAGAGCAAGCUCAACCAGAUCUUUGAAAUCACCAUCCGGCCCCCUCCAAGCCCUUCAGGGACCAUCACUGCAGCCUAUGGCCAGCCACAGAACCAUUCCAUCCCCGUCUAUGAGAUGAAGUUUCCCGAUCUGUGUGUGUACUGAAUCCCAGGAGACGGAACUCCUUAGAGGACCCUGUGGGAGGACCGCCCUCCUGUCCACUCUCACCAUCUGGAAAUCUAGCUGGGAGAGCUGAGAAAUGGUCACCUUGGACAGUGGCUCUUCCCAAGUUGAGCAAAGACGGAGCCUCCGGUCCUCUGUGGCCCUCCUGCCUCCUCCUGGUCUUCCAUGAGGAAUAUCCAGCCACCUGCCCCCUGGGGCUAAUGCACAUCUCACCUGUCUUCCCUUUUGUAUCAGCCAGGGACAGAGAAUCAUGAGGGUGUCUCCACCAAGAAGCAGAGGGGCCUGGGAAGCUUCCAUUGGGAAUGUGUCUAUGAGGGAGGGUCAGCCACCCCCAAGGGAAGGAGCCUGAUGAAGAUGUGAUUGGUCUAAGGAAGCCAUAGAUGGUACUCGGGGAAGCUGAGGAAAGCCCCCCCUCAUCAGGAAGUGACAGUGUGAGAGAUGUCUGCUCUCACCUCUUAGUCUCGGGUGUCCUGCCCGGCCUCUUCUUUAAUCUCCAGUUAUCUGUGUCUUUUUUUCUACUAUCAAUGAACGCUGAGCACUUAGAGCAGGAGCUGGGGUAGAGAUGCUGGGGUAGAGAUGCUGGGGUAGAGAUGCUGGCAGAAGAGCAACAGGCUGGGCACGGAGGGGGACUGCUUCUCCUAGGCUGGGUGGCAGCAUCAGCAAGGUACAGUGUGACCAGUCUGUGCCUCUGCGGUGUUGUGUCUUCUCAGCUCCUCUAUCCAGAGGAAGCCUGUGGCGGAUCUUCUCCAGUUCUCUCUCUUCGGGAGGUUUCCCGGGUAGUUAAGUUUGGUCCCUGAUGUCAUGUCGUUCUUCCAGAUAUCCCACAGUGUUUCCACACCCUCUGGCUCGAGAGAAAGCUGAGCAAACUAGCUGGUUC